UCAGGGUGCGUCGCGGAAGCGCCGGUUAGAUUUGAAGGACCCCAGGAGGCCGGACCUCCGGGCGGCCCGGCGCUGUGAGCGGCUCGAGGGCCGGGUGGGUGGCUGCUCUAUUCCACCGUGCGCAGAGCGUGGCCUCCUCGGUUCUUCUCCGUCCACGUAGGAAUGCAGCUCCCGCAAAAAGCAUUAAAGGACAUUAAAAUUGAAGAACAGUAUUGCCAAUGAAAGUUUCUAAUGUCAAGUGAAUUAUACCUUAAUAUAUUACCACUUGUGUACUAUGGAUGGAAACUACUGAAGUUUAUAAUGUCAAAAAUAGGUCUUAGGCCAAAGGUAUCUUCCACAAAGGUAACAGGCUGGGUAGACCCCUCAUUUGAUGAUUUUUCAGAGAAUACAUCCAUCUCUACUAUUACUACUGACUCUUCAGGUGUGAAUAAUUCAAGUCAUAGAAGGAAAAAUGUGCCUUCCAUAUUAGAAAGUAGCAGAUUUCCAACUAGAAAAAAAAUAAAGUUAUCUCCUUUAGAAGAGUUUCAUGGUCUAGAAAAUUCAAAUGGAUGGAUGUCUGAAAAUGAACCAUGGGUGGAUAAGUAUAAACCGGAAUCUCAGCAUGAACUUGCUGUACAUAAGAAGAAAAUUGAGGAAGUUGAAACCUGGUUAAAUGCUGAAGUCUUGGAAAGGCAUCCAAAACAGGGUGGAUCUAUUUUAUUAAUAACAGGUCCUCCUGGAUGUGGUAAGACAACUACUUUAAAAAUACUAUCAAAGGAGCUUGGUAUUCAAGUACAAGAGUGGAUUAAUCCAGUUUUGCCAGAAUUCCAAAAAGAUGACUUCAAGGAAAUACUUAAUUAUGAAUCAAACUUCCAUGUACUUCCUUAUCAAUCUCAGAUAUCAACUUUCAAAGAGUUUCUACUAAGAGCAGCAAAGUAUACUAAUCUGCAAAUGCUUGGAGAUGAUCUGAGAACUGAUAAGAAGAUAAUUCUGGUUGAAGAUUUUCCUAACCAGUUUUUUCGAGAUCCUCAUACUUUACAUGAAAUUCUAAGGAAAUAUGUGCAGAUUGGCCGUUGUCCUCUUGUAUUUAUAGUCUCUGACAGUGUCAGUGGAGAUAAUCACCAUAGGUUACUCUUCCCUAAAAUAAUUCAAGAAGAGUGUUCUAUCGCAAGUAUUAGUUUCAACCCUGUGGCACCAACAAUUAUGAUGAAAUUUCUCAAUCGAAUAGUGACCAUGGAAGCUAUAAAGAAUGGAGGAAAAACUACUGUUCCUGAUAAAACUUCUCUAGAGUUGCUUUGCCAAGGAUGUUCUGGUGACAUCAGAAGUGCAAUAAAUAGCCUCCAGUUUUCUUCCAAAGGAGAGAACAAUUUACAGCCAAGGAAAAAAGGAAUGUCAUUAAAAUCAGAUGGUGCACUGUCAAAAUCAAAACGAGGAAAAAAACCGGAUGGUGUUUUUGAAAAUCAGGAGGUCCAGCCCAUUGGUGGCAAGGAUGUCUCUCUCUUUCUCUUCAGAGCUUUGGGGAAAAUUCUGUAUUGUAAAAGAGCACCUUUAGCAGAAUUAGACUCACCUCGGCUACCAUCUCAUUUAUCAGAGCAUGAUCGGGAUACAUUACUUGUUCAACCUGAGGAAAUAGUAGAAAUGUCACACAUGCCAGGAGAGUUGUUUAAUUUAUAUCUUCACCAAAACUACAUAGAUUUCUUCAUGGAAAUAGAUGAUCUUGUCAGAGCCAGUGAAUUUCUGAGUUUUGCAGAUAUCAUCAGUGGGAACUGGAAUUCACGCUCUUUACUUGGGGAAUAUAGUACGUCUGUAGCUACAAGAGGUGUGAUACAUUCCAACAAAGCCCGCGGAUUUGCUCAUUGCCAAGGAGGAUCAAGUUUUCGACCCUUGCACAAGCCUCAGUGGUUUCUAAUACACAAAAAGUAUCGGGAAAAUUGCCUGGCAGCAAAAGCACUUUUUUCUGACUUCUGCCUACCAGCUUUAUGCCUUCAAACACAGCUGUUGCCCUAUCUUGCUCAGCUCACCAUUCCAAUGCGAAAUCAAGCUCAGAUUUCUUUUAUCCAAGAUAUUGGAAGACUUCCUCUGAAGAGACACUUUGGAAGAUUGAAAAUGGAGGCCUUAACUGAUAGGGAACAUGGAUUGAUGGACCAUGACAAUGGAGAUGAAGCUCACCUCAGUGGAGGACAUCCAGCAGAGGAAGUGCCUGCUGAAGCUGCUCACACUGCAGAAGAGGAAACCUGGUCAAUUCCUUUGAGUCAGAACAGUGGGAGUGACCUGCCUGCCAGCCAGCUUUGGCCCUCUUCCUGGAAAGCUGAUAUGGAAGAAGACAACAUUGUAAUAGAGGAAUGGGACAGUGAUGGGCCAUAGGGGCCAGCCUGCCAAUCAGAUAGCUACUCAACAUUCAGUUAGUUGUACUCAGUGGUACUUACACAGAAUUAAUAUACUUUUCUGGAGAAUUACGUUUUUAUAAUUCUUUACUCUUUAUCACAAGCAACUGAAUCGUGGUCAUAUUGAAGUAAACAAAAGUUCAAGCCUAAAAGCAUGCUCUGUUUCCCCCUAAUACUUAGGCUUGUCAAUGCUUUAGGGAGAACAAGGAGGUCAGUGCGUGUGAAGUAUGUUUGAACAUUAUGCCAAAUACCAGAAAAUGUGAACGAAUAACCCAGAAUACAAAAAUUUAUGAUGUAAAUACGAUUUAUAAAAUAGGAUGCAAUUAUGAGUGUAAAUAAACGUUGUGCCUUAUUUUCAGAGUAUUGUCUUCAGCUCCUCAGAUACCAUUUUUAUAUGUUGUACAAUAGAAUAUUUUACUUUUUGGAAAAUAUUUACAUAAUUUAUAUCGAAAUUAAAAUGUUGGAUUUCA